GCGGCUCCUUUUUUCCUCCGGCUCCUGGGCGGCUCGGCGAGGGCCCCUGCCGGCGGGAGUCGGGAGCGGCCGCGCGGGGAGCGGGGCGCGGGGCGCGGGGCGCGGGGCGCCGGCCGCCCUUGGGGAGCCGGGGGCGCAGGCCCGGCCGGGGGUCGUUGCAGCUGAGCUGGGAGCGUCCACCCACCCUCCACCAGCAUGGCUACUUCCCAGUACCGCCAGCUGCUUAGUGACUAUGGGCCACCAUCUCUCGGCUACACCCAGGGAACUGGGAACAGCCAGGUGCCUCAAAGCAAAUAUGCCGAGUUGCUAGCCAUCAUUGAGGAGCUGGGGAAGGAGAUUAGACCGACCUAUGCCGGGAGUAAGAGCGCCAUGGAGAGGCUAAAGCGAGGCAUCAUUCACGCCAGAGGACUGGUCCGGGAGUGCUUGGCUGAAACUGAACGAAAUGCCAGGUCCUAGCUGCUCGUGAGAUUGGAAGGUUUUCUAUGUUCCAAGACUAGAAAUUACAGUUCCUCCACCCUGUUCAGAUGAAACAAACAAAGAAAAACUUUGUUUUCAAAGUACUAACAGUUUGGUUUUCUCCUUCCAUGGUUCAUUAGCUCUAAACCCACCGUCUCUGAAAUUGAGAGGAGAUUUUUGCAAGUUGACUAGAAUUUCCAUUUUAAAUAGUUAGAAACUAUCCCUCCCCCCCCCCCCCCCGCACUGAUUCAAGAGAUGCACGAAAAAGCUGCCUAUGCUACAGCAAAUUAUAGUUUGACUGGUCCAAGAUACCAUGCCUCAACUUCACCUCUUUGGAGAACAUGUCACUCAGAUUGUUCAUUUCUUUUCACAAGCUAACACAACUCUAAGGGUUCAGCUUUGUUUUCAGUGCUGACUGGUAGCACAUUUACUUAGUAGCCGGGCCCCAUUUGCCAUACACUAGAUUCUGCUCCAUGUAACUUUUUUUUUUCCUGCUUAAGCAUUUGCAUGACUAUUAGUACUUUCAGUCAAUUUUUAAAGAUGCACAAGUUAUAAAUACAGAGAUAAGAGCAACCUACCAAACCCAACAAGGACCUCCCAGAAAUCUUCCUAAGACUGCCUAUAGAUUUCAGUUCUGCCUUUCUGUAAGUUGACCUAACCAUCUGGAAGAAAAUGACUAAAACCAUUUGCAUCUUUGUAUGUAUUUAUUACUUGACGUAAUAAAGCUUAUUUUCAUUAACAAUUUGA